ACCGGAGUGCCGCGGCGCGGACCCAACGUCAGGCUUCAGUGUGACUUCAGCCGCUUCAAAACUGCAGCGUUCAGCCGCUUUCAGUGGCUUUUUACCCCUUAAAUGGCGAGAUUUAGCAGGUUUUGACAUCAGAUUUCCAGUAACAAGAAUACAGGAUGUCCCAUAUUAUUUCAAAGACAACGAAUGUCAAGUUCUCAGAGGCAUUAAUCACACCCAAGGCUCCCAGCUAUCAAGGAAUAGAACUACCAUGGAUCAAAGGAAAUGCUGAACUUGCCCCUGAUUCCUGGAAACCCCUGACAGAGCGAGUCUUUUUUGUAGAUUUGGCAAAGUCAGGGCUGCAGACAAUCCCAUGUGCAGUGUUGCAGCUGCAAGACCUGGAGGAGCUUCACUUGGAGAAAAAUGAGAUUCUGGAAAUUCCUCCUGAAAUAAGAUAUCUGAAGAACCUGAAGAUCCUGUAUGUAAACAAUAACAAAAUAAACAUUAUCAGCAAAGAGUUUGGGGAAUUAACUCAGCUGCAGAGCUUGGAUCUCAGUGAGAAUCCUUUGACUGAGGGUUUACCCACACAGAUUGUGUGUCGGCUGCAGGCUCUGCGGGAACUGCGACUGUAUGACAUGAAUUUGACAGAAUUACCCGCCGAGAUCUGUAAAAUGCUUCUUCACCUAGAGCUGCUGGGAUUGUCAGGGAAUGAGUUCGCUGUUUUGCCCUGGGAGAUAAUCAGCCUUAGAAAUCUAAAAGAAAUUUACCUCCAGAGAAACAAGUUUUGUCUGCUGCCGGUCUAUCUUUGCCAGCUUUGUAGUUUGGAGAUCUUGGAUAUGGGACAAAAUGCACUGGAGUAUUUGCCAGAUGAGAUCAGAUCUCUACAAAAACUGAAACAUUUAUAUCUGGCAUACAAUAACCUCAGAGCUACUCCAGAGGCGCUCCAUGACUGCAUUAGCCUUCGUGUGUUGGAUCUAACUGGGAACCAACUAUAUGAAAACAAAGUUAACUCUCUCCCAAAAGGAAUAGCUGAACUAUCGGUCUCUAAUAACCAGCUGUGCACAAUCCCCCCAUCAAUCCCCACUGUAGCCAGUGCUCUGCAGCUUCUCUACCUCAAAAACACACAGUUAAAGAAACUGCCCUCUGCUAUCUACUGCCUGAAAGGUCUCCGAAUCUUAGAUCUCAGUCAGAAUCGCUUGCGACACUUCCCAAAGCACAUCUGCUGCUUGGACAAGUUAGAGCUCCUCUCACUCGAUGAUAGUAAAGUGAAAGAGAUCCCUCCAGAAAUAAAGAAUCUACACAAUUUGAAAACCCUGGGUCUGACCGGCAACAGAUUCCAGGCCUUUCCACAGGAGAUCUGUUCUCUGGUGUCCCUGGAGAGGCUGCACCUCGGGCAACACCAUGGCAUGAAAUUUACAGGUUUACCUGACGCUAUUACGGGGCUUGUGAACCUGAAGGAGUUGUAUCUCGAAAACAAUUUGAUUGAGUUUUUGCCAGCGACGUUUGGUCUCUUACAGAGCCUGAAGAUACUGGAUUUACAUGAAAAUCGCAUUCUGGAGAUCCCACAAUCUAUAUGUGACAUACAAGGCCUGAAACAAUUGAUAUUUGACUGCAAUCGCUUAACUCAACUUCCGGAGAACUUAGACCAAUUGCAGAAGCUGGAGGUUCUAUCCCUGACGAGAAACCCACUGAAGGAGCCUCCAGAUGAUGUCUAUCAGCAGGGAAUUCCUGCUGUUUUCCAGUACUUACAGAAAAAGAGACAUCAGAGGCUGAUGGCAAUCAAGCUCCAGUCAUGGUGGCGUGGUCUUAUGGUUCGCCUGCAACUUGGACCUUUCAAAGACUUGUUUCCGAAGAAGAAUAAGAAGGGAAAGAAAGAGAAAGGGAAGAAAGAGAAAGGGAAAAAAGAAGCGGACAAAGGAAAGAAACAGAAAGGAGCAAAAAAGUAGACAGCUGUGAAAUGCUGAGAUUAAACCAGGCUGUAUGAAUUUGCAUUUAUAUAACGCUCUUCACGCCAGAUGGCAUUUUGGAGGUUGAUUGCCAGUGGAUGCACUGCUUCAACUUUCUGUUGAAAACAAGUCUAAUUUAUUGUAAGAUACAAUCACAGGCUCUAAAAAUUACAGUGCAAGCCGCUGGUUAACCCCGGACGCUGGUGAAUUCGGACAAAAUGCGGGACUGGUUGCCACUGCGUCUCCUCACUCUAUGACUCCAUCCAGCCACGCUUGGCUCUGGAAUAGAGGUGGGAGGAGGCAAAUUGUGGUUGAUUGACAGCGGACUCCAGCCAUUCACAAUUGGAGUUGGCUGUCAAUCAGCAGCGAGCAGAGGAACGAGGAAGAAAUAAGGGAAGGAAUGGGAGUAGUCAAAUCGUGAUUGAUUGACAGCCUGCAGUAAAUCACCUUGGAGACUCCGCUAAUUGGUCCCCUUCCCAUCCAAUGGGAAUGGCAAUGGGAGGGAAGCGAUCCACCGCUCCUCUGCUGGGAGGGAAAAGAUAGCAGUUACUGUGGUAACCUCGAGCGCCACUUAAACGGCCACUUCCCCCACCC